AUGAAGAUUAGUUCCAACGGCGUCCAGUUGUCCAUUUGGAUGGCUGUGUUCACCUUCAUCACUAGUGUGGUGAUUGCCCUCCGCUUAUGGGCGCUUCAUUUGACCCGCAAGAGGCUUCAGCUUCAUGAUUAUUUUGUCAUUGUUGCCCACACGAGCGCGUGCGCUAUGACCGGCUUAAAUUAUUGGGCUGUCGCCAACGGCCUGGGAGGCCAUACGAACAGCCUCUCCAAGAAAGAGCUUCAUGUCCAGUUCAAGAUGCUCGUUGGAGUAAGCAUGACAUGGCUGGUCGGUACAGUCUGCUGCAAGCUUUCGAUUCUGUCGCUAUACACCAGCCUGUUUCGUACUUUUCGACCCAUCCGUAUUCUGGUGUGGGUGGUGAGUAGCCUGGUCGUGGGUUAUUUCAUCGCCUUCGUUCCACUGUUCCUGACCCAAUGCCAUCCGAUCUCUUACCAAUGGCAUCCUGUACCGGGGGGAGGAUGUCGGUCCUUGGAGAUCCAGGAGAUUGCCUCGAUUACACUGAAUAUAGUCCUGGAUACCACCAUCGCUCUCUUACCGAUCCCCGCAAUCUGGAAGCUGCGAAUGUCACUUCGUAACAAGCUCACCAUUGGAGUCAUGUUUGGAAUGGGCUUGAUUGUCGUUGCAGUUAUGAUCUGGCGACUCGUCAUUACCCUUGAUCCAAACACUGCAGCCGACUUCGUCUACGGGCUGUUCAAAAUCGGUCUCGUGAGCUUCCUUGAGCUCUGGCUGAGUAUAAUUAUCGUCAGUUUGCCGGUUUUGGCACCGCUCUUUCGCCACUACAUUGAGCCGCUUGUGUUGCCGAGACGUCCAAUGGCCGGUCAACUUCGAGAAGCACAACACACCAUCGGAAGUGAUCCGCCCAAGAAGCGGUUCGGAUCAAGUCCUUACUCAGACAUUGAGAUGGGCCAGAGCAACUACUCCGCUCAGGUCAAGACCGGCAUGACAUCUUCGCAGAGUGACAAUGACGAUACCGUUGGGCUGGUAAGUGACAUACAGCCCAACGCCAUUGCCAUGCGAAGAGAGAUUGUUGUCUUGGGCUCGGAGACGUCAAUAACUGGCAGGUAG